AUGGCAACCGCAGAGAGCUUUUCGGGCUUGCUUCUUGCCCAAGAUCAAAAAAGUCACGAAAUCAGAUUCCAAUGCACCUGGCAUACCGGCGAUACCGUCACCGAUGCUUCCGGUACAACUUCCUGGAAGCCCAUCAACAUCGUUUUCAAGAAAACUUCGAAAUCUUCCGACUUCUCCUGGCCAAACGAUAUACUGGAAACUCGUCUCUCUGUCGAAUCGUCCGCGAAUGAGCUCCGUCAGAUCAAUUCACAGGAUUUUGGAUCCACAGAGGCAUUUCGCUUUGUGCUAGAGUGCCUCUUAGCUGCCGACCUAGAGAAUGAAGUUGCCACUCAGCUCGUUAUGCCACGGUCUCGUGGCUAUAUCGUGCGGCCCGAUAUCAUUCCAUUGCGCUUGGUAGACUGUCCACUGACGGCGAAGGUUGUAAGUCUGUCAAAGCUUCAUCAUUAUUACGAUGGAGAGUCUAUCAGCAUUCAGACAUUGCAAGAGCUUCCACUGGUUUUCGCUGGCAGUGCUGGAGGGAUGAUAUUGAAACCGUUUAGCCUCACCGACAGCAAUUCUGUCGAAGAGUUAUUCACUUCUCUUAGCCUUGAGUUACGCAAUCGCCUGUGCUUCCCUUGGCUAUCAACGCAAGUACCACGACGCAAGACUUUAGCCAUUGUCGAUGGUGGUAUCAGCGGUCCUGAUCAUGGAGGCACGGGAGAAAGCAUCUAUACGGCAGCCAUGGCACUAGGUAUUGACAUGAUCGUGCUCGAUAGCCCUAAUCACUGGGUAAACGAUCCCCGAUUUUGCCAUUGGCGCAAGGCCAACGUUCCUUUGGAGUGUCCGCUUCACCCUGAUGCCGGAUUCGUUGACCGAAUCGUGGAAGCGGUGCGAUCAUACAACGGUCAAAUUGAUGGUAUUGUAACACUCCGCGACCAUUACAAACUCCCUGUUGCAGAAGCCGCCCUGAAAUUAUCCUUGCCGACCUAUCCUCCGUCAGCAUACGAAAUUGCUACUGAUAAGUUCAAAACCAGCGUUUCGGAAGGACAUCACGCAUAUGUGGCUUCUAGUGCGGAAGAAGCCGCCGCCAUCGUACAAGAGCACAACCUCGAGUUCCCAUUGAUCAUAAAACCUACCAACGGAUUCCUCUCUGAGGGCGUCUUCAGGGCCGAGAACCUCUCACAGCUCAAAACCGGUGUCCAGGCCAUCCACACUGACCGCCACGGAAACGAGUUUGUCAUUGAAAAAUACUGCGAGGGGCCAGAGGUGGACGCGAACCUUGUGCUCUGUGAUGGAGAGCUGAUUCUGUUCGAAGUCUCCGAUGACUUUCCAAAAAGCGCGGAUGCCAACGGUCGCGGCAAUGCCAAAACAUUCAUUGAGCUAGCGAAUGUGCUUCCGUCUAAACUUCCGAAAAGCGAGCUCGAUAUGCUCAAAGACGCGUUAACUAAAAGUCUGCUUCGAAUGGGCUUUCGAGAUGGAUUCUAUCAUCUUGAGGCUCGCGUUGAAAAUUCGAGCAUGGACUAUGCGAUCAAGAACAACGUGCUAGACCUCUUCGAGCGCGACAUCCCUGCCAAAGGGGUCCCAGCUUCCUGGUUGAUAGAGGUCAAUCCACGGCCUCCGGGUAUUCAGGCUUUGAGUGCGGUGAACCACACAUAUGGAAUUGAUUACUGCGCCCUUGCGCUACUGUUUGCUCUUGAGGAUAAGGAACGCAUCAAACAGCUCUCACAUAUGUUUGUCCACGGGCCACAGUAUUGGUGUGAGAUGGUAUUUAUCCCAGUUGAGAAGGGCGGUGUGUACGAAUCUGGGGAUGUGUGUGCAGAACUGUUCGAGAGGCGGCCUGAUCUUGCAGCUUUCGUCUCCAGGUCUUUUUGCUUUUUGAAGAAGGGCGAUAAUGUCGCUGAUCCGCUGUCAGGAAUUAAUUCCUGGGUGGCGUAUUUCAAUGUCUUUUCCCGCAAGAGCCGCGAACAUCUGCUGGAGAUGGCGGAGACUGUCAGGCGUGAGGUUAGAUUUUCUAUCGUGUAG